CCUAGUACCUACGAGACUCAGCCUACUGCUGCUCGCCUGCUCAUCUGCUCGCACAGUCGCACACUCGCACUAAUCAAAAAACAAUGGACGGACAGCCUACACAGGUUACCUUUAAUUCUAAAGUCCAAAAUGGAUGGACAGCCGGAGAAGGGACGAUGCCUUGGGUGGAGGCGCUUGCGCUAGCGACGGAGACGACGGGGUUCGACGGUGACUGGCUUCGACGGAAACAGAGCAACGACCAACGAGCCAACGAUGAUGAGACAAGUGACAAGGAGACGACGGGGUUCGACAGCGAUGACUGCCUUCGACGGAAACAGAGCAACGACCAACGACCAACAGCCAACAAACGACGAUGGAAACAGAGUCAACGAUGAUGAAAUCUGCUGCUGCCGUCGUGCCCCUGGGUGGAUGCGUGGAGGUUGAUUUUGAUGAACGGAGGAGGAGGGAUCGGCGGACGGCGGUCGUGGACAGUGCAGGCGUGCAGCAGUCACUCAGGCGCAGCCGCGCAGGGGAUGCAAUUAUUUAUGGUCUGUAGUCGAAUGGAGAUCGUUCGUACUUCGUAGGGAUUUUUUAGGGAUGCAAUUAGUUUUCAGGGAUGCAAUUAUGGCCUUAUGGGCCUUGGCGCUUGAUUAGUUUUUG